AUGUCCUCUUUGCUCUCCAUCGCCCUGCCCCUGCCUGUGUCGCUUCUUCUGCCCACCCCGGCGACUCGUCGAUCCGACGACUGCCUCCAUCUGCUCGCCUGGGCCGCAUCGCCUCGAUCACGCUGCUGCGUCUCUGUCGCCCCAGUCCCGGCCUCCAGGUCAGCUACGCCCACUGCGCUCACCAGCAGCGUCUGCACCGUCUGCGUCAGCCCGUUGUAUCCAACUGCAUCGUACAUCGUUCUUCCCAUGGAUUCCAGCGGCGAUCCUUCGGCCGGCACCAACACCACCCUCGUCGUCGUCGUCGUCGUCGCUUCGUUGGUGACACUCUUCUUGAGCUUUGUCGGCUAUCGAUAUGUGCGUGCAAAGUUCAUCCCGAGUCCGGCUCGUCGUCCAAGCGAUGACGCUCCCGAACGCUCGACCUCUCAGCGCAAACUCGUCAGCGUGCUCUUCCACUCCAGCAACUCUCCCACCGGCAGCACAACCUCGCCCGGCAUCACCGCUACCUCGCCCAGCAUGCACCCGGUCCUGCCCCAGUCCAGUUCGUCCAUGCCUCUUCCUCCCAUUCCCGAGUUUCUGGCCCAGCCUUCCUCGGACCAACGCAGCGACCGUAGCGACCGCAGCGACUAUGAGACGGACAGCAAACGGUCUCUCGACUAUGUUCCAGGCAAAACAAGGGCCCGUGCCCUCUCCCAUGUUUCGUCCGUCUCUUCCUUUGGCCACCAGGACUCGGAGAACGGCGUGAUAUACUAUCGUGUGCGGAUUGCCCACAAUGCGCAGCGGCCCGACGAGCUGACGCUUGUCCCUGGCGAGUCGGUGUCUGUCUGGAAGGUCUUUGAGGAUGCCUGGUGCCACGGAUACUCGAUCGAUUCAGAAAAGACCGGGUUCUUCCCGCUCUCGUGCAUCCGCAAUUCUCCAAAGCUGUACACCCACUCGUCGUCCAAGAGCUCUCGAUCGAUCGCCGGCAGCCGCGCGCCAACCCACUCUGACGACAGCUUCAAGCCCGACGGCAAGCCUCUGACUCCUCUGGCCUCUUCUCCGCUAUCGCAAAUAGUGUCCGUCAACAACUCCUUGAACAGAAAUCGUCUCUCGAGCUCGAGUGCACUCAGCUUCGAAUCCAGCAACGUCGCAACGAUGCUCCGACCGCAGAAGCGCGACGCCAGCUUGAGCUAUGUGCCUCCAGCUGUGCCUGAGGGCCAACCCUGA